AUGUAUUUUCUACGACUUCUCUCGGUAAUACUAUUGGCUGCAUCCCCAACUCUAGCAAAACGUGGAUCGGGCGGCGAGUGUAGGACACAGUCGGAUUGCUGCUACUGUGACCCUGGUAGUGGCUGUAUACUCAGUUGUCAAGCCGAUAGAAGUUCUACCACAGGCUAUAGAUGCAUUACUUCUCGACAAUCAGCUUGUAACGUAGCUGGUUGUAGUUGUUAG